AAGUAGCCGUCGCGUGUCUAGACGGUGGCCAGGGCCCAAGUGGUCCGCUUAUUUCGGCCGACCCGACGCGGACAAAUCUGAGCCCGCCAAGCGAGUUGCAGAAUUCAAAGCUGAAGGAUCCGUAACGGAGCGAACGUCUGCCCCCGACAUGGGUAAAUGCAACAAUUACACGGCCCACUUUAAGCUGUGCGUUGUAUCCUUUUCUGAAACAAAUGGCGUCCGGGCGGCGGUGCGGGAAUUUUCGGCAGAUCCCAAGCAGCUGCGAUACCAGUGGAAACAGAAGGAGCAGCUGAUGAGCGCUAAGGCGACGUGCCGGGCCUUCCGGGGCCCAAAGGGUGGGAAAUACCCCGAGAUCGACAGCAGGAUCUUGGAAUAACGUGACCUAGCUGAGGGACAGCGGGCGCACCCUGUCGCCCAAGAUGCUCAAAUCCGAGGCCCGGGAAGUCGCCAGGGAACAAAACGUCGCCGAAACGGAAUUUAAAGCCAGUCAAGGCUGGAUGAGCCGAUUCAUGCGGCAGAACAAACUGUGCCUCUGGAGACGUGCGGCACUGCGCUGGGGGUUGCCAGAGGGUUUUCCUCGCAAGGUGUUGGAGUUUCAGAAAUCCCUAAGGAGACGACGCCUAGAACGGGAUUACUUCCCGUCAUGGACGGGGGACGCGGCAGAUCGGAAGACGGAGAAGUUUCUUUCAUUCGUAUUUAUUCUCAUUCAUUCCUUAAUUCAUUCGGAAGACAGAGAAGGCGGAGGCCCGGGUGCACAAACUGCUGGCAGAGGACGCGGCGUUCCCGGGAGCCAUGGAGGAGUCGUUCCCAUCGCCCUGCUUCGGCUUCUCACGGAUAGGUCCUCAUCUCCCAGAGAGGAGCCUGGGAAGUCAAGCAACGGCCCCCAUGCCUCGGAAAACCAGUGCUCGGGCCCGAGCGAUGGACAGGUUCUCGGAGCGAUGGACAGGUGCUUGGAGCAGUGGACGGGUUCUCGGAGCGAUGGACGGGUGCUCGGAGCGGUGGACGGGUUCUAGGAGCAGUGGAUGGGUUUUCGGAGCGGUGGUCGGGUUCUCGGAGUUGUGGUCGGGUUCUCGGAGCAAUGGACGGGUUCUCGGAGCGAUGGCCGGGAGCGAUGUGAACUGACCGGGAACCUCAUGGCAUUUCGGGGGUCGGUGACAUUCGAGGACGUGGCAAUGACCUUCACCCGCAAAGAGUGGCAGCUUCUGGACCUCGCCCAGCGCAACCUCUAUCGGGACACGAUGCUGGAAAACUAUCGGAACCUCACGUCGCUGGGCAAGCACUCGGACUCUUUGGGUCGGAAUCUGGGUUUUACCAGGGAUUUCUUUCUCCUGUCGUCACUGCCCGUCUCUCUCACCUCCCUCGUUCAACUCAUGUAUUCAGUUUGGCCCUAAAUACUUUCAGUUUUAAUACUACUACUAAUCAUCAUCAUCAUCAUCAAUCAUAUUUAUUGAGCGCUUA